AUGAUCAAGACUCAUCUCGUCAUAGUUCCUUGUCACUCAGUAUGGAAAAUUGACCAAGGACUUGAGCCAGACAAUUAUGGCCAGUCUUUCAAACAGUGGCACUUGGCGCCUUUCCAGCAUGAAGGCCGUGAUCAUCUGUCCUUUAUAAUGCACUCGCUUAUGGCUAUCGAUGCGCUUUUAGAAGAUACUACUGGAUCUCUACUGCUUUUCAGUGGAUCUUGUACGAAAGAAGAGGCUGGCCCUGUUUCGGAAGCGCAGUCUUACUUCUUGCACGCUCGUAAGCUUCUCAAUGCAGUGGCCAAUGGGUUUGAGCUUCCAGCAGCACUCUCGAGCCAUAGAGACAUUUCGAAAUAUUGUUCACGUAUCACUAAAAAGAUGAACAACCAGAAUUUGACGGUCGACGAGCUCUUUGCCAAACACAUUGCAACCGAAGAGUUUGCACUCGACUCCCUCGAGAAUUUGCUAUACUCGAUUGUCAAUUUCCAAGCGGCGACUUCGAAUUGCCCUUCGAAGGUGACCAUCGCAGGCUUUGGCUUCAAAAAAAAACGGUUCCAAGACUACCACACAAUAGCAAUCGACUAUCCAGCAAGCCAGCUCAAUUACUUAUCGUACGAGCCUCAACCCAUUUACACCGAUGUAGAACAGCUCGAGGCGUACAACCGCGAUCUCGACAUUCAGGAGAGCAGAAACGCGCUAGAUUUGUACAAGGUCGAUUGGUACGGUUCCAAGGAUCCAUUGUUGAGCAAGAAGCUAAAGCGCAAUCCAUUCAAAUCAAAGGCAAAUUAUACUCUACCGUUUUCUAUUAAAAAUCCUAUUAAUGAUGAUCAAGCAUUUUUCAGAAAUACGAUUCAACACAAAAUGCCGUGGUCGGCAGGUGCUCAAAUAUGA